CGCGCCUGCGGGGCUGUGCGCUCUUGCGUCUGCUGGUGUCCCAGCCCGGGCCCCGCGGCGGCGGCUGCAGUGCCCCCCGGCCAGCCCCCUCCUCCCAUGGCGGCGGAGAUCCAGCCGAAGGCGCUGACCCGCAAGCCGGUCUUGCUGCAGCGAGUGGAGGGGUCCCAGGACGUGGUGAAUAUGGCAGUGAUCGUGCCUAAGGAGGAGGGAGUCAUCAGCGUCUCCGAGGACAGAACAGUCCGGGUAUGGCUGAAGAGAGACAAUGGACAGUACUGGCCAAGCAUCUACCAUGCAAUGCCUUCUCCAUGUUCAUGCAUGUCUUUUAACCCGGAAACAAGAAGACUGUCCAUAGGUCUAGACAAUGGUACAAUCUCAGAAUUUAUUUUAUCAGAAGAUUACAACAAGAUGACUCCUGUGAAAAACUACCAAGCUCACCAGAGCAGGGUAACGAUGGUCCUAUUUGUUCUGGAGAUGGAGUGGGUGCUGAGCACGGGGCAGGACAAACACUUCACCUGGCACUGCUCAGAGAGCGGGCAGCGCCUAGGAGGUUACCGCACCAACUCUGGACCCUCCGGCCUGCAAUUUGAUGUUGAUACCCGACACGUGUUUGUGGGCGACCAUUCAGGACAAGUUACAAUCCUAAAACUGGAGCAAGAACACUGCAGCCUUGUCACAACAAUCAAAGGACAUACAGGAGGGGUGACAGCCUUAUGCUGGGACCCAGUCCAUCGAGUGCUAUUCUCUGGCAGUUCUGAUCACUCUGUCAUCAUGUGGGACAUUGGUGGAAGAAAAGGAACUGCUAUUGAGCUCCAAGGACACAAUGACAAAGUCCAGGCUCUCUCCUACGCUCCACAUACUCGACAGCUCAUCUCAUGUGGAGGAGAUGGUGGCAUUGUGGUCUGGAACAUGGAUGUCCAGAGGCAAGAGACUCCUGAAUGGUUGGACAGUGAUUCCUGUCAGAAGUGUGACCAGCCUUUCUUCUGGAACUUCAAACAAAUGUGGGACAGUAAAAAAAUUGGCUUGAGACAGCACCACUGUAGGAAGUGUGGGAAGGCUGUCUGUGGCAAAUGCAGUUCCAAGCGUUCCUCCAUCCCACUGAUGGGCUUUGAAUUUGAAGUGAGAGUCUGUGACAGCUGUCACGAGUCCAUCACGGAUGAAGAACGCGCACCCACAGCCACCUUCCAUGAUAGUAAGCAUAAUAUUGUUCAUGUACAUUUUGAUGCAACCAGAGGAUGGUUAUUGACUUGUGGAACAGACAAAGUUAUUAAGUUGUGGGAUAUGACGCCGGUGGUAUCUUGAUGACGUCUUCCAGAACCCAAAAGACGGUAUUUCCGGAAGCAACAGUCGUUCCAACCUGAAUCACUGAGGAAGAGCGAAGUAAAGCUGAGUGUGCUGGGCAGGAAGGGAGGGACUCCAGAAUCUGAGUUCAUUUUUAAGUCGUCUGCCAGUGCAGGGCAAACGCUGGCAAGGAGACUCUUAUUUCAACUUACUCACACAAUAGAAAAAUAUUUUUUUAAGCAAAUGAUUUGUACAGUCCAGCCGUGCUGCAGUGUUUUGAGUUUGUCUGGAAAAAAAAAUCUGUGUGGGAUGGCUGUUUAGUUUUUUAUAUUUCCACAGUUCCUUAUUCUUACUGCUUUGUUUGUACUGGGGAAGUGAGGGAGAUUUCUUUUGAGGGGGAUGGGAGUGGGCUAAAUGGUUCCUCCCGCUCCCCACCUUAGGAUGUAUUCUACCACAGGCUCGGCAUCCCUUUGACCUCCCACUCAUCACAAAUCCGCUCUCCAGAAAGAAUGUACUGAAGCUAUUUAUUGUUGAUGUUUCUGGGUUCAUCUCCAAUUCAGUGGAGACAUCUGUGACAACUGACCGACUUCUCGAACGAGCUGAGCAGCAGUGCCUGACUCCAUCCAGUCUUUAGCUAACAAAUCAACUUCUCUAGUUUCCUGGACCACAGAAGGAAAAUGGAGUUUUGCCUGCCUUCCCCCUGCUUCUCCUAAAAAUAGUGGUUAAGCUGCCCCACAGCCACCUAAAAGAUGUCCAAGAAGUUGGAUGAUUACAGUUGAGAGCACCUCCCGUUUGUCUCUGUAUUAAUCUGAACUCAGCUGUAAGCACACAAGCUAUUUUAAAUGAAAUUUUAGUGACAGGCCUCUCUCAGGUUUCACCAAGCCACAUGUUAUAAAACCAAUUGUCUCUUAGUUAUGUGUUACUUCUGAACUUAAAUGUGUUCAUUUGUAUAAAAUUUUGAUUGGAUCUCUUCUUUUUUCUUCCCUACUCAAACUAUGCAUUAAGAAAAAAAAAUAGAUCAUGGAAUUGAUCCAGGCACCCUGUAUACUUAAAUGUUCUGUCCCUUGAGACACUUGGCAUUGUGUAAUUCUGCAUUCUCAUGCUAUUUUCCUUUUGGGCAAAACUUGAACUUUUUAAAUGAAAUGUAAAAUAAUGCUUUUUUGAAGUGAACCAAAAUGGCCUGUUAUCACGUUGGGUUUUUUUUAACUUCUUUCAUUUUGAACCCUAAAAGAAAUGGAAUGAAACCCAGCCGGGGAAAAUUGCUAGCUCUUCUAGAUGUGAAAAGGAGAACCAAUCCCUUUCCCUCCUAUAGAACUUAGAAAAUUUGCUCAUUUCUUAUCUAGAAAAUUUACUUUUUUGUUCUCUUUUAUGGAGAACCUUAUUUCCACUGUACUGAAAAACCUUAUUACCACUGUACCUGGUACAUAUCUGAGUUUAGGUACUUUUUUCAAAGGAUAGAUUGAGGGAGGGAGGGGGAUGGAAAGCAUCCCUUUUAAUUUCCUCCUUUCUGUAAAGCAGGAAGCUUUGGUACUACAGACUUAUUUUUAUCAUUUAUUUUUUCCCUCUUCUUGGUUUUCUGGCAUGGCUGAUGGUCAGCGCCAGACCAGAAAACCAGGCCCUCAUGAUGGCAAGCUCUGCUUCCUGGUUCUGUGACCUCGUCAAUAACUUGGUGGUGGUUAUGACUGCCCAAGAGGCCUUGGGGAAAAGAACACUGUGCAUUGCCUUAUUAAAUUGAACAUUUAUGCUUGUGAACAAGAAAUUUUAACAAAGCAUGGGGAGAGAAAUAUCCCCAUGUUACUGUAACUCACCCCUGUACCCCCAAAAGUGUACAUAAAACAAAAUACCCUAAGGAAUAUAACCACUUACCACUUUUUUUUGCCUCCACGAAAUCCUCCCCCUGCUAUCAAUAGCUGCUAUAAUCACUGUUUUGAAUGUCUUCUGCAUGUCUGUCUGUCUCAUUUGAGAGCUUUUAAAAAGAACCAGAUGAUCUGAUUUUUAAAAUAUUCGAAUGUCUAUAGUGUAUAUAUGAAUAGAAGGCUUCCCGCUCCAUUUUGCCUUCUUCCUCUUUGCAUUCUGGCCAGUACAAGAAAAGGGAAAUCUAGUAUUAAGGAACUGAUGGGACAGGUACCCAUGGGGUCUUAUGCACACAUUAUCCAGAUGAGCCAAAAUCUCAUUGGACAAAUACUUGCACUCCUAUAGGAUCACACAUGAUUCUUUUAGCUUACUGGCAUUUGACUUAAAUGUGAUUUCUCAGCAUGGAUGUCUAUAUUCAAAAGCUUUUACAAGUCUUUCCAGCACCAUAUUCCUAUCCAAGCCCAAAGAUUUUCUCAUAGUUUAAAGUCAGUCAAGGUAAUCUCAAGUUUCGUCAGUAGUAUAAGUUUUGCUUAGAAAAAAGAAAAAAUACUGUGAUGUUUCUAAACGUUCAUUAAUUUGCUUCUUCCUUCUCUUGUUUGAGUGUCCUUGAGGUCAUCUGGAUUCAGCACAUGGUUUGGCCACAUGAAGUGGUUAUCUUGGAAACUCUAUGAAUGUAUUCAUUUUUAACUUGUGUUUCUAUACCAGGAGUGGGGAACCUGUGGCCUCGAGGCUACAUGUGGCCCUCUAGGUCCUCAAGUGUGGCCCUUUCACUGAAUCCAGUCCCCACCCCUUUUCUACAUCCUUUUCCUACAGCUAGCUGAGAGAUAAUUCUCUGCUUGUGGGAUGUCUCUCCACCAGGCACUUUCUGAAAGUGAAAGCGUCUGUCAGUCAGAAUUGGAAGCUGGCAGUAGCCUGCUGCAUUUCUCCGUGGAGACAUUGGUUGUCUCUCUUAAGCUUCCUUUUCAACUACUGUCCAUUUGGCUUGCCUUUGUACUUGACAUAUGUACCAUUGUUGCCCGAACUGGAUAUUUUUUGAAAACAGGAAAUUGUGAUGAUUUCAUAGAAUUUUUAGAGUGACCAUCUAGUUAACUUAUACCCAAAAAGGAGUCACCAUUACAACGUAGAAUUUUGUGAUUUUUCUCCCCCAUAUUUGACCCAAUAAGUAGCCAUCUCUUUCUUUCAUUUACUUCUUAGGAAUUAGCAUCACAAGAGGCAGCAACUUUACCCUAAUGGGGAAAAAGAAAUAGUUUCAGAUAAAGUACGACUUAAAGCCUGGUUUUGUUUCUCUGCCUGAGCAACCAGUCUUUCUGAUUGACCUUUAAAUUGUCAGUCUCAUUUGCCUUAAUAUUAAUAAGUGAAUCUUUGAAUAUCAGAACUGGAAAGGACCUUAAGAGGUCAUCUGCUAAAAAGCCCCACCCUUAAGCAGAGCUACAUCUCAGUCUUGUUGGACAGAUCGAUGGUGAUCAAUAGUGAUGAUGACAUUCUUUGGCCAAGGUAGUGGAGCCUUGGGAGAAGGGGAGGGGAGGAGGGGAAUACUAUAAGACAUCUCUGGAGGAACUGUUGAUUUCUGGAAACUUACUUUAGGAGACUAUGAGUAUCACCUGGUAUAACAAUACAGGCCUGGUCUCUGGAGUGAUUUGGAGGCCUCCAGCCAGGCCACUGGUAGGUGAGAAGCAUCCUACCACUGGGUCCUGAGUUCUUUUCUACAAAGUAUGCUUUCUGUCACCAACUCUGGUCAUGAGCCAGCAGGUUGGUGAGUAUGUCAUAAUAGGGCAUUUGUUGCAGGUCUGCAUAUGCCCUUUUCAGGUGCCCACAAGUAUACAGUGUAUUGUUUUUCUGAGGAUUGCCUGUGAAGGAACCAUUUUGGUGGGCUCUUCUUGGUAGAUGGCUUCCCUACCCAAUUAGCACCCUCAUUCUUUUGAAGCUUCAUUUAAAAAAAAUUUUUUUUCCUAGUGCUCAGUUUGUGGAUUGAGCCCUAAUUUUGUCUAAGAGAAGAGCCAUUGCAAAUGAAAGUAAUUAGACAUCAGUGUUCAGCGGAUGAGAUUGCCCAAUUUGCGAUCACAUUGAAGGAUCUUAAGUGCUAGGGAGAAGACUGAACCUGUGAUUCCACUGGUAUAGGGAAUUUGUGGGUUCCUCUACCAAUGCAGGUUAGCACCUUCACUGUACAACUUAAUAGACUUGGAAACUUGCCUAGAGCAUUUGAAAGGUAAAGUGAUUUACCCAAGGUCAUACAGCUGCCAAGAGUCAGGGGCAGGACCUGAAGCCUGGUCUCCCUGACUCUGAGGUCAGCUGUCUGUCCACUGUCACAGUCGCCUCUUAAUUGUACAUAAAUGAUCUUGUCACCAAGGUUUACAUCUUAAAGUCCUGGAUAUUAAAAGUCUUUCUUCUGACAGUUUACAUUUUUCAUGCAGACCUAAGAAAUUCUUCAUUUUUGUCUCCUUUAAGAUAGUUUAAGCUGUACUCUGUGUGUGUGUGUGUGUGUGUGUGUACAUGUGUUCUUUUAAGGUACAAAAGUAAGCAACGAUUCAGCAAUGUGAAUGGAGGAGACAAGAAUAAAAUUAACUCUUAAAACUGAUUUGUCGGGGCAGUGAGGUGGCGCAGUGGAUAGAGCACCGGCCUUGAAGUCAGGAGGACCUGAGUUCAAAUCCGGCCUCAGA